UUUAUAUUAUUAAAAAAAAAACAAUUAACCAUCAUCAUGAAAGCGGGAUCUUGAUCUUAUGGGUUAAAUUCCAAUUCCAAAUCCCUAAAUUCCUUAGAACAUACCUCCUCCUCCCCCUUCGUAAUCUUAUCAAAGAUUUCAAUAUAUCCAAUUACAAUUAGAUCUAGGGUUUCCAUUUCAUUCUCAUUCACCAGACCCCUCCUUAAACAAGAUGCAGUUCAAAUCAACCCAAUCAUCAUUUCGAGAUCGUACACAUGAAUUUCACACCAUUGCAGAGAGGUUGAAGAAAUCAGCAUCAAAUGGACCUACCAGUAGUGCCCCUGGUCCUUCAUCUUCUUCUCCUUCUUCUUCUUCUCCAUCUUCUUCCAGAUUGGACGAUCAUCGAUCUGCCGUUGCAAAUCAAUCGGAGUUUAAUAGAAGAGCUUCCAAGAUUGGUUAUGGAAUUCACCAAACCUCUCAAAAACUCUCCAAGCUCGCAAAAUUGGCGAAAAGGACUUCAGUUUUCGACGAUCCGACCAUGGAAAUUCAAGAGCUUACAAGUGUAAUUAAGCAAGAUAUUACCGCACUCAACUCUGCGGUUGUGGAUCUUCAAUUAGUCAGCAACUCUAGAAAUGAGAGUGGAAAUGUUUCUACCGAUACAACUAGUCAUUCCACUACGGUUGUAGAUGAUCUGAAGACUCGACUGAUGAGCACUACCAAAGAAUUUAAAGAUGUUCUCACCAUGCGAACUGAGAACUUGAAAGUGCAUGAGAAUAGAAGACAACUGUUUUCGUCUACUGCCUCUAAGGAUUCUGCAAAUCCUUUCAUUCGGCAACGUCCGUUAGCUACAAAGUCAACUGCUAGUACUUCUAGUGCCCCCGCACCUCCAUGGGCUAGUGGGAAGCAGGUGGGUGGGGAGAGUCAACCAUUGCUGCAACAACAACAGCAACAGCAGCAGCAGAUAGUUCCAUUGCAGGACAGUUACAUGCAAAGCAGAGCUGAAGCUCUUCAGAAUGUUGAGUCGACUAUUCAUGAGCUCAGCAACAUCUUUAAUCAACUAGCAACGCUUGUCUCCCAGCAAGGAGAGAUUGCCAUCAGGAUUGAUGAGAACAUGGAUGAUACAUUGGCAAAUGUAGAGGGGGCACAAGGGGCUUUAUUAAAAUAUCUGAAUAGCAUAUCUUCUAAUAGGUGGCUGAUGAUCAAGAUUUUCUUUGUAUUGAUGUUUUUCCUUAUGGUUUUCUUAUUUUUUGUGGCAUAGUCGUUCCAGAGACAGAAAUUUGAUCAGGAGGACACGUGACGGCCUUCUUAUUGGUGACAAGCCUUUUGUAUUCAUUACUAUUUCUUUCUCCAAAUAUAUAUUCCUUAUGACAGAGUUUAGCUUUGGACCAACUUUGUCAAAUUUUAUACCUGUACGUAUUGAUGCAUAUAUAUAAGGAGGCUAAAUACUGUGUGCAUUGCGUUUGUGAUGA